UAAAUGUAUUCCAGAAAUUUGAGUAAUGUGAGACUAACCCGUAAAUUUUGGGGGAUCAUUUAAUAAUACUAUAUAAAACUUUAACCCUACUUAAUCUCAUGCUUCUUGGAAAUGACUUUUUUUAAUUUUUAUUUAUUUAUGAUAGUCACAGAGAGAGAGAGAGAGAGGCAGAGACACAGGCAGAGGGAGAAGCGGGCUCCAUGCACCGGGAGCCCGAUGUGGGAUUCGAUCCCGGGUCUCCAGGAUCGCGCCCUGGGCCAAAGGCAGGCGCCAAAACGCUGCGCCACCCAGGGAUCCCUUGGCAAUGACUUUUAAAAUCUGAAUUCAGAAACAAACUAAAAAAUUCAAAACAUACUAUAAAAGGCAAGUAGUAUUUUUUUUCUCUCAAUAACCUAGCGCAUAUUAUUACAUUUCUAAUUGGAUGCAGUAACUGCUUAGGACUCUAAGCGCCGCUGUUCACCUACUUAGAGAUCAAUGUAACAAAAUGCCAUCCGGUUACUAAGCGCUCCUGUUUCGCAAAGACCCACAGAUCCCACAAACCAAUUGCAGGGCUGCGGAAACUCUCUCCCUACAUCUGAGACACUCUAGUUUUCUAUAAGAUGAUCUUCAUAGCAUCAGCAAAAAGGUAAACACGACAUAUAUGCCCAAUGAGGAUUCUGAGUGGAUUCAGUAAUAAAAGAAUAAUGGCUGCUCCAAAAAAUUACCAGAGACGCAGCAAGCUGGUCCUGCUGUGCGCGCUCCUGGGCACGCUGGGGGAAAUGGGGAGAGGACAGAUCCACUAUUCAGUGCCAGAAGAGAGCGACAAAGGAUCCUUUGUGGGUAACAUCUCCAAGGACCUGAAUCUGGAGUCACACGAGCUGGUGAAGCACGGAGUCCGCAUCGUCUCCAGAGGUAGGACACAGCUUUUUGCUCUGCACCAGAAAACUGGCAGCUUGCUCACAGCGGAGAGGAUAGACCGGGAGGAGCUCUGCGCUCAGAAUGCGCGGUGUUUAGUACAUAUCAACAUCUUGGCUGAAGGCAAAGGAAAACUUUUCAGGAUAGAAAUAGAAAUCACUGAUAUCAAUGAUAAUAACCCAAAAUUCCAGGUCGAAAAUGUGGAAAUGAAAAUUAAUGAAAUCGCUGCACCUGGAACACGUUAUCCCCUCCCCGAGGCUGUUGACCCGGAUGUAGGCAUGAAUUCCUUACAGAGCUACCAGCUCAGCCCCAAUCGGCACUUCUCCCUGGACGUGCAAACUGGAGAGGAUGGAACUCUACACCCAGAGCUGGUGCUGGAGCAGGCCCUGGACCGCGAGGAAGAGGCUGUUCACCACCUGGUCCUCAGUGCCUCUGACGGCGGUGACCCACGUCGCUCCAGCACCAUGCAUAUCCACGUGAAGGUGUUGGAUACAAACGACAAUGCCCCGGUUUUUACUCUACCGGUUUACCGAGUGAAAGUCCCAGAGAACGUGCCCCUGGGCACCCGGCUGCUUACUGUGAGCGCCAGCGACCCAGAUGAGGGAGCCAACGGAGAAGUGGUCUACAGAUUCUGGAAAAUUAGUGAAAAACAAUCUCCGUUAUUCCAGCUUAAUGAAAAUACUGGGGAAAUAUCAACAGCAGGGGAUCUAGACUAUGAAGAAUGUGCAUUUUAUGAAAUGGAAAUACAAGCUGAAGAUGUAGGGGCACUUUUGGGGAGGACCAGAGUACUCAUUUCAGUGGAAGAUGUAAAUGACAAUAGACCAGAAGUGAUCAUUACAUCUCUGUUUAGUCCAGUCUUGGAAAAUACUCUUCCUGGGACAGUAAUUGCCUUCUUGAAUGUGCAUGACCGAGACUCUGGGAAGAAUGGUCAAGUUGUCUGUUACAUACCUCAUAAUUUACCUUUUCAAUUAGAAAAAUCAGUAGAUAAUUACUAUAGACUGGUGACAUGGAAAUAUAUGGACCGAGAAAAGAUUUCUAUGUACAAUAUCACAGUGAUGGCUUCAGAUCUAGGAACUCCUUCUCUAUCUACAGAAACUUACAUCAUUGUCUAUGUGGCAGAUAUCAAUGACAAUCCACCCACCUUCCUUCAAGUCUCCUAUUCAGCCUAUAUCCCAGAGAACAACCCCAGAGGUGCCUCCAUCUUCACUGUGAUGGCUAACGACCCCGACAGUGGCAAAAACGCCCAGGUCACAUACUCUGUGACCGAGGACAUCAUCAUGGGGGGGCCUCUAUCCUCCUAUGUCUCCAUCGACUCAGACACAGGCAUCCUAUAUGCAUUGUGCUCCUUUGACUAUGAGCACAUACGAGACUUGCAGUUACUGGUGACUGCCAGCGAUAGUGGGGACCCUCCACUUAGCAGCAACGUGUCACUGACCGUGUUUGUGAUGGACCAGAAUGACAACACACCAGAGAUCCUGUACCCUGCCCUCCCCACCGAAGGUUCCACAGGCGUGGAGCUGGCGCCCCGCUCCGCAGAACCCAGCUACCUGGUCACCAAGGUGGUGGCAGUGGAUAGAGACUCAGGCCAGAACGCCUGGCUGUCCUACCACCUGCUCAAGGUCAGUGAGCCUGGGCUCUUCCAGGUGGGGCUGCACACGGGAGAGGUGCGCACAGCGCGGGCCCUGCUGGACAGAGACGCGCUCAAGCAGAGCCUGGUGGUGGCGGUGCAGGACCACGGCCAGCCCCCUCUCUCGGCCACCGUCACGCUCACCGUGGCCAUUGCUGACAGCAUCCCAGAUGUCCUGGCUGACUUGGGCAGCCUGGAAGCCCCACGUGACUCCCAAGCUUCAGACCUCACGCUGUACCUGGUGGUGGCCGUGGCCGCAGUCUCCUGCGUCUUCCUCGCCUUUGUCAUCGUGCUGCUGGCGCUCAGGCUGAGGCGCUGGCACGCGUCUCGUCUGCUCCAGGCUGCAGGAGGAGGGCUGCUGGGCGUGCCGGCCUCGGCCUCGCAGUUUGUGGGCGUGGACGGGGUGCGGGCGUUCCUGCAGACCUAUUCUCACGAGGUGUCCCUGACCCCGGGCUCGCGGCAGAGUCACGUGAUCUUCCCGCAGCCCAACUAUGUGGACACUCUAAUCAGUCUGGAGAGCUGUGAGAAAAAUGAUUCUUUGUUAACAUGCGUGGAUCUUCAUGAAUGUAAGGAUGAAACUACUUCUGUUCAGCAAGCCCCGCCCAACACGGACUGGCGAUUCUCUCAGGCCCAGAGACCCGGCACCAGCGGCUCCCAAAAUGGUGAUGAAACCGGCACCUGGCCCAACAACCAAUUUGACACAGAGAUGCUGCAAGCUAUGAUCUUGGCCUCUGCCAGUGAAGCUGCUGAUGGGAGUUCCACCUUGGGAGGGGGCGCUGGCACCAUGGGCCUAAGUGCCCGCUACGGGCCCCAGUUUACCCUGCAGCACGUGCCCGACUACCGCCAGAACGUCUACAUCCCCGGAAGCAAUGCCACACUGACCAACGCAGCUGGCAAGCGAGAUGGCAAGGCCCCCGCAGGUGGCAACGGCAGCAAGAAGAAGUCAGGCAAAAAGGAGAAGAAGUAACGCAGAGGCCAGGCCCAGAGAGCCACAGGGUGGCUUCCCCCCACCACCACCAGCCCCAGCCAGCCCAGUCUCUCCUUACCUGUACCCAAGCCUACUAUACUGGUAGGGGUCCAGGCCAUGCUCCCCUUGGGAAAAGAAACAAGUGCCCAGUCAACACCCCCCUCUCUGCCCCCAAGGGAUCGAAUAUGCAAAGGGAGUUCUGCUGGGAACCCCCAUCCAAUCAAUUGCUGUGCCCAUGGGGGUAGUGGGGUUUGUGUAGACACCAUUUAUCACUCCUUAAGUUACAGCUGGACUUUCCCAUCUUCCAAAUUCAAUCAGACCCAUCUGCCAUCCCCUGCCUCCCUCCUUCUCCCCACCCCCUCAGCAGCCCUCUUUCAUAAGUAGGGUGGUCGGGGUGUUGAGGUACCUGGUGACCUAAAAAGUCUCACAGUUCUGAAGAGUUAGAAGGCCAUCAUAACCUUUAGGCCUCUCCAAUUCUCAAACUUCCUCCAAGCAUGGUUUGGUCCAGUCCUUUCAUCUCCUUCCCGAGACCAGGCUCAAGUUUUGGGAGAUGCAGUCACCAUUCCCAUGGUACUGAUGCUUACUGGAUUUAGGUGUGUGUGUGGGGGGGCAUGUAGCUACCAUGCCUCUUCCAAACACCCUCGGGACCAGUGUUUUGUUCUGUUUUUCAUUGUUUGAUGUUCCACUGCAUGCUGUGACUUUCCCCUCCCCAAACAAGAGACUCCAUUGCAUGUUCCAAGACAGUAUGGGGUGGUGAGAUGAAAGGAAGUGUGUGAAUGUGGGGGAUGGACAAAGCUUGACUGACCGGUUAUCAGGGCCUUGUAGAAGGCUUUGUAUGUCGCCAGGGUACUGGCCAGAUCCCCAAUUCCAGCCAUAAACCAAGUACCAGGCUGGGCCCUCAUGUACCAUGUAAAGGCAGUAAACUUUGGGCUAAGCUGUUAGCAUCAGUAGGUUUAAACUGGCAUUACAGUCAGAGGAAGGUGUGAGGACAUUUAGGACCAGGCCCCUGGAGAGGUCAGAGGGCCCUCUGUGGGUGCUGGGUACUCCAGAGGUGCCAGUGAUCUAAGAAUCAUUGUGGCCCCAGCAGUGAGGGAGGGUCAGGCUGGGCCGUUCUUGGUCCCUGGGUUUUGGGGAGACAUGGAGCUAGACCUGGGACCAAAUGGAUGGGAUGUCUCAGCCUGGGAUCAGGGCUUCUCUGUGGGGCCCUGCGCUCCCCAAGCCUCUGUUCCUUCAUUUUGCCAGGUGCCAUUUCUUCCCCAGAAGGCCACUGUCCGGCCCCCUCACCAGUCUGCCCCCCCCCCAGUGGCCAGAGCCUGGUUGAAGUCCCCCAGUGCCUCCUUGUGCAUAGACCUUUCUCUGCCCACCCCUGUCUACCCCGCCCCAGCCUCGUACACCCAGCGGGGCUGUGCAAGAACCCCACCCCAGCCCCGACAGUAGUAUAGAGCCCCCCCUUUCGGCUGGUGUAGUGUAGCCAAUAGUGUAGUGCGGUGUGCUUUCCCGUGGUGGCGGGUGGGUGGAGGGCUCCGUGCCGACCGCCCUUGAAUCCGCCAGCGGCGGCCGUGCUGUGUUUUGUGCUGUGUCCACGCGCUGCGGCGCUCCCCUCCCCUGUACUGACGCCUAGAAGUGCUUCUCUUUGCAUAGUCACGUAGCUGCCCCACCCACUCCCCUUCCUCUGUCUCACGCAAGUUUUAUACUCUAAUAUUUAUAUGGCUUUUUUUCUUUGAAAAAAAUUAAAACGUUUCUUCUGAAAGCUUGAA